AUGCGACACAUCAAGUCCCAAGACCACGUAGCAUUUGAUUUUUCAGUCAAUAGUAAAACUAUUGUCGAGUAUCGUAAAAAUAAUAUUAAAAAUAAAUACCCAGGUUCUGAAGAAGACACACUAAUUUCCUCCCAUACAUUAGGAAGACUGUCAUUUCCAACAAAGCUUUGGUAUAAGCUUCAAAAAUUUUGCUAUCGACGUCAAUUUUAUCAAACAAUUUUUCCAAAAUUCCAAAAAUCAAUGUUUUGUUAUCAAAAUGAACAAGAUCGUCUUUUAAAAUACUUGCUGAGAAAUUCUUUAGCCGAGGGAGAGACCGCCGCUUGAUGGCAAGCCAGCGUAAUACCUGCCGUCCAACUUUCGGGAGAGACAUUUAUCGCUUUAGUAAAUAGCUCCCACUUGAUUGGCGGCAAAGGUUUCGGAUAUUUGUAAGAAAAUAUUCUCAAGCAUUCCAUCAUAAUUUUUUUCUUCUCCGUGUUCAAAUUCUC